AUGGCACCACAAAGGAGCUGCUUGCUCAGCUUCAUAUGUCUUUUGUUGCUGCAACAUGGUGUGUCCAUAAGGAUUGAGCAUAAAUCUAGAAGUACAACGAGUCGAUCAACAACCACCAGCAGCACCACCAGCACCAGCAAACCACCAGCUGCAGUUUAUCGCAUCUCGCGACCGGAGCCCAAGCAGCCAGAAAAGCGUGUGCCUGCUCAUCUGCAGGAUGUGCGACCGGGUUAUGUGGACGACGAUGCUGGCGAUGUGAUACGCAUCAUAGAGCCACCAGCGCAUUUCCAGCAGCUCAAGCGACUGCGUCAAAGGCAGCCACAGCCACAAUCACAGCCACAUUCGCGUGCACCACAACCUGUCGUUUGGGAGCAACCACGCAAGUUGAGCACAAAUCGUGCCCCAAUGCCACAGCCCAGACCCAAGCUGCCCAGCUCCAAUGGCGAUCUCUUGACGCAGGAGACACAGUUUGCACCGCAGCUCGCGAAUAAUCUGCAGUUGCCCAUGGAAAUUCUUGCCUCGGUGCGCAAAACGGAGCGUCUGUUGCAGCGCCAAAGGCAGAAGGCGCCACUUGUGCGGCAACGUCACAUACAACGACAGACGCACACGCUGAUUGCACAGAAAUCUCUGGAGCAGCAGCUCUAUCAAAGUGGACAGCAGCAGCGACUGCGAGCAGCCUUGACACAGGAUCACAAGCGCAGCAAGCGGGUGAAGAGGAAGGCGGAGCCUAACGACCACCGUUACGAUGUGGCACAGGGACUCAAGCUGGUGGCACAUCUUGGUGAGCUGCUGGAGAAUGCCACGCGAUAUCUGCCCGAUGAGCUGGAACAAAAUGAAUUGGCACCCAAAACGUCGCCGCUCACGUCCGAGCGACAAGUCGGUGGAAACGCAACCAACUGCGACAGUCGACGACGUCGCCAGCGGCUGUUCAAGUUGCAGGGGUCGAAAAAGACAGCUGUGAGGGGGCGCAACUUCCGUCAUGAGGCAAGCAGCACUACAACAACAACAACAACAGCAGCAACAACAACAACUAAUGCCAGACUCACAACAGCAACUUCCACAACAACUACUUCCGCAACUCCGUUGGCCAGUCGUCUGGUAAAUUCACGUAAAUCACCAAAUAACCGCAAUCAGCAGCAGCAGCAGCAGCAGCAGCACCUACCGCUUCCCCCUUCCCCACGCAGCGAUGAUACCGUGCUCUACGCGGAUGUGAUGUCGAAUAUACGUAAUUUGUGGCAGGAGCAUGAUCAUGAUCUGACUCUGGCACCGCAGUUCGUUGCACCUGAGCAGGUGGCAAACAACACCGACUAUCGAAUAUUGAAUGUCUACCUACGUGAGCUGGAUGAAAUCUCCAAAAGAUUGCCCACUGUGGCGCCUCUAACGGCUCUCAAUCAGGAGGAAUUUGCACGUGUUACACCUUCGCCCAGCUGGUAUUUAAUCAAUAAUGAGGGCAAAAUCUAUGAGACGCGCUUGGACAGCGAAACGAAGCCAACGGCAGCACUUUUCCAUCGUUUUCCCGACAUGCCCGAUGCCAAAACUCCUGUCUUGACUCCGAAUCUGGAGUAGAUAAUCCAAGCCAAUAUCA